AUGACGGACAAACUCAAACUCGCGCUCUUGUUUUUCGGACUGAUCAUUGCGCGCCUCUUAAGAAAUAGAUUGCGGUUGUCAGGCAUCCCUGGGCCAUGGCUGGCUGGCUAUACGCGACUCUGGAAGCUGCAUAAUGUGUGGCAAGGGCAGCAUCAUCAAACGGCUCUGGAAUUGCACCGACGAUACGGUCCAUUGGUGCGAAUUGGCCCUGACCACAUUUCGGUCAGUGAUCCGACGGCGAUUUCCAUUAUCUACGGCAUCAAUAAGAACUUCACCAAGACGGCCUUCUAUCCCAUCCAAUGCAUCUCGUGGAACAAAAGACCGCAGAUGAAUCUCUUCUCUACGCGGGACGAGCGCUUUCAUCGCGAUCAGAAACGUCCCAUCGCUAGCGCAUUUAGUAUGACUGCAAUGCUAGAAAUUGAGCCGGCCGUGGAUUCGUGCACCGACAUCUUCCUGACCCAGAUCCGCAAGACGAUUGACGCCCAGGAACCGAUCGAUUUAGCUACCUGGCUGCAGUACUAUGCUUUUGACGUCGUAGGCGAGAUGUGUUUCGCACAAAAGUUCGGAUUUCUCCAGCAGGGACGCGACGUGGACGGCAUGAUCAAGGCCAUUCGCGGCAUGAUCCAGUAUGCCGCCGUGUGUGGCCAAAUCCCAGAGGCUCAUCAGGUCCUGUUGGGGAAUUCUCUGUUUCCUCUUGUGAUGCCUCAAAUGGAGCUGUGGAACAAGGUGGUGAUGUUUACCCUGAAGGCCAUCAACAGCCGAGGAUCGUUGCAGCGCGAUGGAGAGAUGGAGAAGACCGCCACAGAGGGAGGUAAAGACAUGAUGUCUCGCUGGAUGGCGAUGCAUGAGGAGGAUCCCACGAAGCUGUCGACUAGGGAUUUGAUCGUGCAUCUGUCAACCAACGUCUUCGCAGGAUCCGACACGACCGCCAUCGCCCUGCGAGCCAUUCUAUACUACCUCAUACGUCAUCCUCCCGCCAUGAAAAAGACGCAGACAGAGAUUGACCGAGCAGAUCGAGCCGGCCAACUUGGCAAUUUCAUCUCCUACCAGGAAUCUGUCCACCAUCUACCAUACUUUGGGGCCGUCAUGAAGGAGGCGAUGCGACUGCAUCCAUCUAUCGGCAUGACGCUGGAGCGCCGCGUGCCCGAUCAAGGGGUUACUCUGGCGGGCACGUAUAUCCCCGGAGGUACCACCGUAGGAGUCAAUCCUUGGGUUGUGCAUCGCGACCCGGACGCUUUUCCCGAACCCGAUGUCUUUCGUCCCGAACGAUGGCUGGAAAGCUCGCCCGCGCAACUGCAAAAUAUGGACAAGGCCUUUUUCAAUUUCGGAGCCGGCUCGCGCUCCUGCGUGGGAAAGGCGAUUUCUUUGAUGGAGAUGCAGAAAGUCGUGCCCCAGCUGCUGCGAUCGUUUGAUAUUCAGUUGCAUGAAGACAAGCCGUGGAAAGUACGAAAUGCCUGGUUCAUGCAACAGGAGGAGUUCAUCUGCGACAUAGUUCCUAGGGAGCAGUAUAAAUAA